GCUUGUAAAAUAAUACACCACUAGUAUAUACGAUUCUUCACGCAAUUGCAAUCGGGCCCAUUUCUAUCACUUUUUUUUAUUUGCCCUAUUCUAGUUUCAUACCUUACCCGUUUUUCUUAAUUCCAUGUAUUCCUCUCCGUCUUCUCCCCACUUCCACACACACACAGUUACUCUCUCUCUCUCUCUCUCACACACACACACACUGUGAUAACAAAUAUAGAGUUUUCACACAGACACGCAAAAUACACACACAAAAAAGAAAAACCACAGAGAUUUUCCAUAUAAACGCAUAUUUGUAUUGAGAAUUGCAUGCAGAAGCAGAAAACCACUCAAAAUCGAAAUCCAGCAAUCACUAAUGCAGACAUGAAAACGGAUUUUCAAAAACUAAGCUUCAUCAUCCUCAAACCUUUCAUCCUCUUCAUCCUCCUCUCUCUCUCCCUCUUCGCCUUCCUCUCUCUCCAAACCACCCGCCCACCCCAGCCCCCACCGGACGCCGCCCUCCCCUCCGAUCUCAAGAUCCGCCCCGGCUACUCCUCCUACGACGGCUACCUCCAGCGCCAGCUCAACAAAACCCUCAACCCCAAGCUCCGCGAGAUAUGGACCACCCGCGAUUGGGACCGCAAGGUCGACAAAUUCGCCCAAUUCUUCGCCGAUCUCAAGCGCCGCGACCUCCUCUCUAACGCCUCCAGAUCCCUCUGCAUCGGCGCCCGGGUCGGACAGGAGGUCGCCGCGCUGAAGCGGGUCGGCGUGGAGGAUUCGGUGGGGAUCGAUCUGGUGCCCUACCCGCCCCUCGUGAUUAAAGGCGAUUUCCACCACCAGCCGUUCGGCGACGGCCAAUUCGAUUUCGAAUUCUCGAACGUGUUCGACCACGCGCUCUACCCAUGGCGAUUCGUCGGCGAGAUCGAGCGCACGCUGAGGCGCGGCGGCGUGUGCGUGCUGCACGUGCUGCUUUCGCGGCGGGCGGAUAAGUAUUCCGCCAACGAUUUGUACAGCGUGAAGCCGUUGGAGGAGAUGUUCAAAAAUUCGGAGCUGAUUGAGGUGAGAAGCAUUGAUGGAUUUGGAUUGGAUACGGAGGUGGUGUUUAGGAAGAAUAGGAAUUGAAAAUUUAAUUCUCUCUUUCGAUUUUGAUUUUUCAAUUUAUUUAUUUUUCAAAAUUUCUGAUUCUUUUGUGAUUACGGACAAGGCCUUUUUCUUCGACGUUGAUGAUCUUCAAUUCUUUCAAAUUUUUACACGGUUGUUGUAUCAACAAGGUGGAAUUCUAAAUUUCUAUUGCUAAAGAAGGAUAUAUAUGAAUGUUUGAGUCA